AUGAAAAAAUUAAAUUUUUUAAUAUGUAUUAUAAAUAUUUUAUUUUUAUUUGUAAAUUCACAAGAUUUAAAACUUGGUGGUAGUUGUGAAUUAAUUGAUUCAAAUUCACCAUGUUUUUCAAAAUUAAAUUAUACAGACUUUUAUUUACAACCAGGUGAUUCAAUCACUCAAUUAAAUAAAAAUGUUUCAGAUAUUAUUCGAAUGUUAGAAUUUACAACACCAGAAUGUAAACCAAAUGCAAUUAAUUUAAUUUGUUUAAAAUCAUAUCCAAAAUGUGAAACACAUAACGAAACAUUAUCAAAUAAUACAAAUAUUAUAUUUAAUUUACCAUCACUACCAUGUAAUUCAAUAUGUUUAAUUGCAGAAACACCAUGUAAAAUAUUUAUUGAUAAUUUUUUAAAAGAUUUAUCAUGUAGCUCAAAAUUUUCAAAUGGUGUACCAAUGUUUCCAAUAAAUUCGACUGAUUUUGAAUUUAAAGAGAGUGGUAAUUUUGAUUUCAAUUUUAAUGUUGAGUGUAAUGAUAAUAUAAUUUAUGAUAAUUCGUCAUCAGUUAUAAAUUGUCCUGCACCAUUAUUAAAUUCCAAAGAUCAUGUUAUACCAGGUAAAACAACUUAUUAUUAUAUUACUGAUAGUUGUAUUUUAGAUUGUCCAUUUGAAAUUUAUCCAGGUAAAACUAAAAUAUUGGAUAAAACAAAUUAUACAUUAACAAGUAUAUCAUUUAUAACUUGUUUUUUCAUGAUUUUAACAUUUGGUGUUUUACCAAAUAAAAUAACUCAUCGUAUGGAAUCUAUUCUAUCAUUUGCGUGUGGUGGUUGUAUUACAGCAUUAUCGUUAUUCAUUCAAUCAAGACAAGAUAAUUUUAAUUGUAGUUCAGAUCCAGGUAGAUUCAAAUCGCAAUCAGACUAUUUAUGUUUAUUAACUGGUUUAAUUUUCCAAUUUGGUGCGAUUACUUCAAUAUUUUGGGCUCCAAUGAUUGCAUAUGAUUUUUAUAUAACUUCAAGAUUAAGUAAAAUUAGAAAAUUUGGUUUAUAUAGAAUUGGUAUUUGGUCAUUAAUAUUUGUUUUAACAGCAUUACCAGCAUUCGGAGGAAAAUAUAGUGCAACAGUUGCAACAAGUUGUUGGAUAAAUUCAGAUGAUGGAUCAGCUUGGCAAUAUAUAUCAUUUUAUAUACCAUCAUGGUGUGCAAUGGGUUUACUUUGUUUAUUUUCAAUUUUAUCUGUUAUUAAUGUUUCAAAAAUGUAUAUGAAAUCACCAAAUAGAAGAAUUUUAUUUUUUAAUAUUAAAAUAAUUAUAACAAGUUUAAUUUUAUUAUUUAAUUUAACGUUUGCAUCAUCAUUAAAAUUUUAUAUGGAAGAUAAAAUGGAUACUUAUUUUGAUGCAAUUGCAGUUUGGGCAGAAUGUAUUAGUAAAGGUGAUCCAUCACAAUGUGAAUUACAUGCACCAGGUUACGAAUUGAAAGCAUUAAAUGUUGUAGUAGUAAGUAUUUUAGGUUUUUGUAUUUUCAUUGGUUAUGGUUUAGAUCCAAUCGUUAUUCAAAUUUGGAAAGAAAGUGAAAAAUUGAAAUGGAUUUUAAAAAAAUGUGGUUUAAAUGAUUUCAUUAAAUUAGGUUCAGAAACAACUAGUACAACUAAUACUAGUGGUAGUAGUGGUAGUGGUAGUGAAAAAAGACAAUCCAAAAUUAGAAUGUCAAAAUUAUCACCACCACCACCAUCAAUUGAUACUACAAAUGAUAUACCUAUUAAUGAUACACUUGGAGAAAAUUAA